GACAUUUCUAUAUUUAUGUCGCACAUGUAAAUAAACAAAAGUUCUUUUUAGAUGGACUCAAAAGAAACGAAAAUUAUUUUAACUUAUUUAAAUGGAACUGGAUAUGUUUUUAAUUCAGAUGAUUACAUGACACUGAGGAAAAACUACAGAAUCAUCGGUUCAAUGGUCGGUACCAGUUGCUCUCGAGGUUGGGCAGGAAAUAGCACUUGUCUUCCUGUUGAGCUAACCAAAUAUGAAACUCAGUUAUUGAUUGAGAAAGGAGUUGCAAUUCUUGUUAGCAAAGCCAAAUCCCUGCUCCGUGAACCAUCGAAUGAAGAAAUAGAGGCAUACAAAAAUGAAACCGAAGAACGAUUGCAGAGUCAGGAGGUGCACCUGAAAGAAGGAAAAGUCAAGGAAUCACUCCAUUAUAUCGACAAUAUUAUCUAUGGGAAGAGAAAAAAGCUACUGAAGUCAGGAAUUCUGGAAAAAGAUAUAAAGAUUACUAAAGAUGAAGUUCUUCAGGAUAUUCGGGACAGUGUUCAAUUUGAUCGGAAGAAUGCCUUAGUUGAAAUUAAUUGUGAGCAUCCAAGAAUUCACGAUGGAACUUUAGUUAACUUUGCUGUGGAUGAUUCUCUCAAGUACAAAGUGUUUAAAGACUUUUGGGAAAACGGCAAAUUUGUCACAUGUGGUGAGGCAUUUGGAGCAGACUUCAUUGUCUAUCCAGGUGAUCCCAUUGUAUUCCAUGCUUCGCAUAUUGUAAUUGUUUUGAAGGAACCUACAAUCGAUCCUUUGAAGUUGAUUUCAAAGGUAAGACUUUCGGUUAUUGUUAAUAAAUUGUGUGUAUUUGCAUAUAAUGGGCGUGAUAACGAAUUAGCUUAUCAAACUGUUCAAUGGGAAGGAAAUAAAGAAAGUAAGAAACUUUAAAAA